AUGUCGCCGUCCGGAGGAGCUGCAGCUGCUCGGUCACGUUCCCCGGGAGACUGUGAGGUCCCGGUCCGACUAGUCGUCCUGCUGUGCUUCGUGUCAGGACGUCCCGAAGGAUCCAGUGGGAAUCUGCUUCCCUCGGCUCUCGUCUGGAUAACCUCCAGACCUGCGGCGUCAAAUCAGAUCCCUCCUACAUGUGUUGACAGGGUCACAGAAGUACGAGGCUUCACUGAGGCCCAGAAGGAGGAGUACUUCAGGAGGAGAUUCAGUAAUGAGGAGCUGUGCAGCAGAAUCAUCUCACACAUCAAGACGUCCAGGAGCCUCCACAUCAUGUGUCAAAUCCCAGUCAUCUGCUGGAUCAGUGCUACAGUUCUGGAGCACAUGUUGACCACAGACCAGAGAGGAGAGCUGCCCAAGACCCUGACUGACCUGUACUCACACUUCCUGCUGGUUCAGACAAAGAGGAAGAACAACAAGUACGGUGAGAAGAAGGCUGACAGGGACGUUCUCCUGAAGCUGGGGAGGCUGGCACUUAAACAUCUGGAGGAAGGAAAUAUCAUGUUCUACCAAGAAGACCUGGAGCAGUGUGGACUUAAUGUCACAGAGGCCUCGGUGUACUCAGGAGUUUGUACUGAGAUCUUCAGAAGAGAGUGUGUGAUCUUCCAGAAAUCAGUCUACUGCUUUGUUCAUCUGAGCGUUCAGGAGUUUCUGGCUGCAGUCUACAUGUUCCACUGUUACACCAAGGGGAACACAGAAGAACUCAACAACUUCUUGGGAACAUAUGGGAACACAGACAGUACCUUCUCCCUGGAUGACCUCCUGAAGAGAACCAUGAAGAAAUCCCUCACCAGUACAAAUGGUCAUCUGGACCUGUUUGUUCGCUUCCUUCACGGCCUCAGUCUGGAGUCCAACCAGAGAGUCUUAGGAGACCUGCUGGGUCGGACAGGGAACAAUCCAAAGAUCAUCCAGAGAGUCAUCAACAACCUGAAGGAGAUGAAGAGUGAUGACAUAUCUCCUGACAGAAGCAUCAACAUCUUCCACUGUCUGACUGAGAUGAACGACCACUCAGUUCAUCAGCAGAUGCAACAGUUCCUGACGUCAGAGAACAGAUCGCAGGAGGAACUCUCUGAGAUCCACUGCUCAGCUCUGGCCUACAUGCUGCAGAUGUCAGACGAAGUUCUGGAUGAGUUGGACAUGGAGAAGUUCAACACAUCAGACCAGGGUCGAUGGAGACUGAUCCCAGCUGUGAGGAACUGCAGGAAGGCUCGACUCGGUGGUUGUCGACUCUCAGAGACUCACUGUGAAGUCGUGGCCUCAGCUCUGAAGUCAGACCCCUCACAUCUUAGACAACUGGAUCUGAGUAGAAACUACCUGAAGGAUUCAGGAGUGAAGCUGCUGUGUUCUGGACUGGAGAAUCCAAACUGUCGACUGGAGACUCUGAGAUUGGAGGACUGCAGACUGACAGAGAUCAGCUGUUCUUCUCUGGCUUCAGCUCUGAGGUCAAACCCCUCUCAUCUGAGAGAACUGGAUCUGAGCUUCAAUGACCUGCAGGACUCAGGAGUGAAGGAGCUGCUUGAUCUACAGCAGAGUUCAACCUGUCGACUGGAGACUCUGAGGUGGAAGGACUGGUGGAGCGCACCCGCUCUAUCCCCUAGGCCACACUCUCCCUGAGGAUCCAGAGGCUGAAGCAGCAGCAGCUUGUGUGUAGAGCGGCUCUGACUGGGUCUUGUUGCUGGGAGGCAGAGUGGAGACGGAGCUCCAGAGGAAUCAGAGGAGGUGAGAUGCUCUGAGAUCAGCUGUCACACUGUGUCCAGUCCACCAUCUUCCCUGUGUGUUCCUGUGGAUGUGACACAGCAUCAUCAGUGGAUCUGCUGCUGCUCUGUCCUUUGACUCAGUGUCUGCAGACACAUUCACGCUCCUCCACCUCCUCCACUCUUUUAUUCACUCACAUAACCUGAACACAAACACUCAGCAGAUUAUUUCUGUUCACGACGACAUAACUGCAGAUCAACACUUUUCUAAAUCUGUAUUGAAGUCAUUUAAAACCUGUGGAGUCUUUA